AUGAGAUCGCAAAAUGGAAUUAUACUUCAUGGAAAUCGUUUCAAAGAUGAGGACAUAGUCAAUCGUCCUGAAGAGUUUAUCCGUGCAGAUGAAAGUGGGCGCUCAUUGCUGCAUACUGCUUGUGAAAUUAGUGAUAUAAAAUCAAUUGAAAAGAUUAUUAGUGUAAAUAAAUUGAAUCUAAAAAACGCUAUUGAUAUGAGAGGAUUAUCACACUUUCAUGUGGUAGCUAUCUCACCAUUUACCGAUGUUUUGGCAAGGUUUUUGAAAGAAGAUUUGGUUCCAGACAUCAAUGCUGCUAUUAGUGAUACAUCCAAUUUUUUACCGGGUUUCACAGCCCUUCACAUAGCCUGUUUACAGAGAAACAUAAAACACGUGCGAGUUCUUUUGAGAUAUGGAGCACACUCAAACGCGAAAAAUGCGUUUGGACAUACCCCAUAUGAAUUGCUUCUAUGGGAAAGUGUGAGGCUCAAUCAACUUAUUAUGGACCCUGACACGAUUAAACAGUACAGUACCAAGUCUAAAUACAAAAAGUACAUAGAAAAGUUCAAUAUUGAUGAUAAGAUUAUCAAUAGAUCAGAACUAAGAGAUAUCUAUAAAAUAAUUGAACUCAUCCGGAAUUCAGCCAAAAGUGAUGAAGAAUUUAAAGACAAAGGAUUCAGCGAACUUCAUUUCUUAGUGUGCCAAGCUCUGCUUCCAGAUAUUAAAUUGGUGAUUGAAAAAUGUCGUCAUUUAAUGAAUGCUAAAGUUAACGAGGAUGUGCUAUUUUAUGGUGGUCUUACACCUUUACAUGUGGCAGCGUAUUUUCACUACGACGAUAUCGUUUUAUUUUUAUUGAAACAUGGUGCUGAUCCUUACAUAAAAAAUAAACAAAAUGAAGAUGCGUUAACUCUACGAUUAAAGGAUUUUUAUACGGGAUAUGAAAAUGACCAAGACUACAAAAAAAAAUUUGGAUCACGUCUGCGCUUAAUUCCAAAACUCAUGGACCCAUCCUUAUUACUCAAUCAUCCAAAUUUUAUUGACAAGUAUGGAAUGAAAACAAUUCAUUUAGCUGUUGGUACGGAUUUGGACUUUUUUGAGAAGUUUUAUUUAUCUGAACGGCCAAAUAUUGAUGAGUUGGUUAGUCCAACUGAAUCAAAGUACAAUUAUUAUGAAGGAAGCACGCCACUACAUUUGGCAUUAAUGUUUAAACGCUACGACAUUGCAAAUUAUUUAAUAAAAAACGGAGCCAAUGUCAAUAUUGCGAAUAAGUUUGGCAAUACACCUUUGCAUCUAACUAAGGAUCGAGAUAUUUUCCAAAAGUUAUUAAAAAUGGGAGCUAAUAUUAAUAUAAAGAAUGACGAAGGAUUAACGCCAGUGGAAGUUUUACAUGACGAAAAAUAA